AUUUUGGAUGCUGUUUAGAAAAACCAUUUCACAGCAGCCAUGGCAGGAAAGCGGAAGAAGAGCGACGAUGGAGAUGAGGACGGCAGCAAAAGCAAUCGCAAGAGUUUCGUCGUCGUCGGAGACGACGAUAGCAAGCAGAAGAAGAACGGAAGUAAUGGGCAGCAGCUGCUUCCGUCGACGAUAAAGAACAAGGAGAAGAGGUCCGCCGUACACGCCAAGCUCAAGCAACAGAAGAAGCUCGAGAAACGCAAGAGGGCCAAGACUCGUGAUGCCGCUGAGAAGCGGGCUCUUGAGCUCGGCGAGGAGCCGCCGCCGAAGAUGAUCCCCCGCACCAUUGAGAAUACCAGGGAGCUUGACGAAACCGUUUGCAAACCCGAUGAUGAAGAGCUGUUUGCGGGUAAUGACGCGGAUGAAUUCUGUUCAGUUUUGAAGCGUGAAUGCAAUCCGAAGAUAUUGAUCACCACUGGCCGUUUCAACUCUACUAGGGGACCAGCUUUUAUAUCGGAAUUACUUACUGUGAUCCCAAAUGCUCAUUACUUCAAGAGAGGAACCUAUGAUCUGAAAAAGAUUGUAGAGUAUGGAAGGACUAAAGAUUUCACUUCUCUUAUAGUUGUUCAUACUAACCGAAGGGAACCUGAUGCUCUCCUUGUCAUUGGUUUACCUGAUGGUCCUACUGCCCAUUUCAAGCUCUCAAAACUUGUUUUGCGCAAAGACAUUAAGAAUCAUGGAAACCCGACUAGUCACGAGCCUGAGCUUGUUUUGUCUAACUUCACAACGCGUCUGGGUCAUCGCAUUGGCAGGUUAAUACAGUCUCUGUUCCCGCAAUCUCCAAAUUUCCGUGGCCGGCGAGUGGUAACCUUCCACAAUCAGAGAGAUUUUAUAUUCUUUCGCCAUCAUCGGUACAUUUUCGAAAGCAAAGAAACGAAACAGAUUGACUCAAAAGGGAAAAAAGGCAAGGACACCAAGGAGGAAAACGGCUCUCAAGAGAAAAUGGUUGCCCGCCUUCAGGAAUGUGGUCCUCGUUUCACGUUGAAGUUGAUUAGUCUGCAACAUGGAACAUUUGAUACGAAAAGUGGAGAAUAUGAGUGGGUUCACAAGGCGGAGAUGGACACUAGUCGCAGGAGAUUUUUCUUGUAAUGUGCUUUGGAAUCUCGCUAAUUAUUUUCUCGGUGCUUCUAAAGAAGUCUUUUUAAUGAGGAUUUUGUUUUAUUCUUUCGUGUAAUUUUUUCCCUCUUUUUGGUUGGGGGUAGGGAGUAAUACAAGGUAAAAGUCAGCACCUUGUAACGAUAAAUUAUGUAGUGUGCCGUUUCUAUCUCUUGAUUGGUACUCCGUCCUUGUGACAUUGAAAUUAUGAAUUUUUCUUUCGGAUAAUGUCAUUUAUAGUGAAGAGGAUACUCCCCGAGUUACAUCAA